AAUUAAAAGACGAUUAUUUUGACCAUCGUUCAAUGCAAGGAGACAAUCAAAAUACAAAUAAACAGCUGAGAUAUUAACGAAAGAGAGGGAAACCAAAGAGAGCCUCUCUUCUGCAGAUAGGACCUUUAGACAUGUUUGGCCUGAAAUAACUAUUAAAUUGAGAAGAACGGUAAUCUUAUGACAGAAUCACAUUUUUUUUGAUAAAAUCUUCCAUCCGACGCACCGUUUCUCUCAGUUUAUCUACUCGCAUGUCGCAUCUGCUGUCUGCAGCAACAAAAACAACCGUCCGUUAGGGUGUGGGGAGAGAACCGACGAACCGACACGGGCAACCGUUGGUUGGAUGUCUGACACCAGCAGCAGCGCGCUGAAUGAAAGAGAAACGGACUCACCUCUCUGAAUGUGAGAAUCGCCUGAAUGAGGGGCGGCUUUGUCUGUGCCGCUGCUGGCUGGCUGUUGCCGCGUUUCGCGCUGAGGUAAAACAACACAACCCAGAGCAACGCAAGCAACAACAACAACAACAACACCAGUCAGACAGAAAUACCGAGAGCGAGAGUGAGAAUAGGCGCAUGCAGGCAGACUGACAGAGGCCAGGCCCAAAACAACCAACCAGCCAACGGCUCGCUCGAACGGGCAAAACACAACAUACCGACGACGAACGGCAGUUGAUUAUUCUGCCCUCGGAAGGCCUCCGGAGCGGGCGCACCUAGACCGAACGUACCGACGACGUGCCACAGUUUGUAUAUACCGAGAAAGGAGGAGGGAGUGUUGCGUGCGUACGUGUGUGUGUGUUAGUGUGCGUAGAUCGGGAAUCCUCGAACGAGUUGUUUCGGAAUUCGGGACUGGGACAGGGAUCCACGUGAAGAUCCUGAACCCGCGUCGUGACGAAGUGACUCACUCAGAGGAGUUUCAGUGAAUCAACGCCCAGUCAGUGUUCGAUCAAGUUUUGAUCCCAGAAGUUCAGAGCACAACCGAGGAUUCCGGGGAGUUCUGGUGGCAGUAUCCUCCUUAGUUACGUAACGGUGUCAAUUCCAGUCCAGUUUACCAAAUUUUCCAGUAGUUGGCAGGCGGAGAGUAGCCUGUGAAGAAGAGUUCAUCUAGUGCGCGUGUUAGUACCCGGUAGUAGUUGCGCGGCCGUCUCUAUCUGUGAUCAGAACUUCCUCCAAGGAAGGCGCUUUUGUUCAACGAGUUUGUGGCAGAUCAUAAAUAUAUCAACAAUUCAAAUCGAGCGGGCGAGUGCUACGUAUCGUAAAACGUCCCAGAGGCGUAGUCCCAGAACGUCCGUCAACGAGCCAUUCUGAAGUGAAUGUGUAUGUUCAACGGCGGCGGCUGUAGUGUCAUUACUGUUGUGUUCUCCUUGAUCCGUAAUCAACGGGCUCAAAUUAUAGAAACACCACAUCACAUCAUCAACGCCCGUGCCCGUGUGCUCUGUGUUGUUCCGUGUAUGUCCCCCGCCUUACAGAGAGCCCGAGUGAGUUUAGAGUGUGACAACAGUGAGGUGCCCCGUGCGCGAUCGCAAUCCGUGCGCUUCAGCAGUGUGUGUACACACGAUCAAGUGGGAUUAAUCUAAUUUACAAUCAUUCCCGGAGAUAUACCCGCCGCGCCAGCCGAGUGCAAUCAACGAGCAACCAACGAGAGAAGAGGCAAAUUGCGCGCAGAUCGAGUCAGUGCGAAUGUCCGCGAAAGUGUCACCUUCCACCUUCCAGCAGUAGUGGGCAGAGUGUGCAGUGAAGAACCCCUACGCUCUAGUGCCUCCCCCUCGAUUUCUCUCUGUGUGACGACGAGAUCAACGCACCACCGCUGUAGUGUUCGCUGUCCACGUGAAAACGUGCGUUUACGUGAGGGUGUGUGUGUGCGUGCGGACACACACAAUGUGCUAAUUGAAACAAAUGAAAUAUAAAUCGGUGCAAAUAUUUACCUCAGUGUUAUCUGCCGUCGUCGUCGAGUCGAGAACGAGUUGAAUCAACUUCCCAACAACAGCAGAGAAAAGCCAAGUGAAUAUCGUUUCCAAGGAAGAUCUGAGGAAGCAAAAAAAAAACGCUGGAUCAUCUGUUUCCACUGCGCAGUCAUCAUCACCAGCUAAAAAACAUCGAAAAGAAGAAGACAUUUAUAGUGUUCCGAAGAUCCGCGAGUGACGUAGUGUUUCGGUUCCGCGAAAGAGGCCGCCCGCGUCUCCCUCCCCGGGGAGGUGAAAUAUGUACGAAGUGGCCACGGUCGCGGGCAACAAACUAGACGCAGCGUACGCCAUCAAGAGCCUAUCGAGCAUCAUGGGGCAAAUCUCCAGUACGGGUUCUACCAACAAUAACCAUCACCAUGGAGGGGCCACCGUGGGUCGCAACGGCAAGAAGAUCUACCACCGGCACUCGUCCGUGCAACCGGCCUUGGCCAACAUCAAACUGCUGAAGAAGGAGAACUCCUUCAGCGGGAAGGACCACCACAUCAAGGAUCCGCUGCACAAGGCCCGGACCGAGAGUAAGAACAUCGACCAGCUGAUGCACGUAGCGUCCAAUGGGCAGAGUCCCGCAGGCCCACCGGUCAGCAUAGCGACCACCGCAAGCAACGACCUGAAUCUCAGCAAAGGCUCCAGCACCAUGUUCAGUUCGACCAACAGCAAGGAGUUCUUCAAAUCGGGCGAAGCCUACCACAAGACUGAUAUUUGUUACUACAAAACCCUGGACAACGGUUACCACAAAUUACCUUCCGACUCGUACCACAAGAUGACCGAAGGGUGCUACGUCAAGCUGCCGGACGGUAGCUUCCGCAAACUAGACGAUAAGGUACAUUCCCUAGAUGCCAACGCCGUCAUCGGAACCUCCACCGACAAGCGGUCCGGUGCUACGCUGGGAACCGGCUCGGCCGUUGACCAAUCCACAACCGGUCGGCACGACGACUCCGGCAUCCAGUACCGGGUCAAGAACCCGGUCAUGAAGUUUCUCAAACGUUCCAAGUCUCACACACCCGCCACCAUUGCCCAGCUCCAGAAGGAGAAGGACAAGAACCGCCUCAGUACAAUCCAGUCGCCGGAUCUGGACGCCGGCCGUCCUCCGGUAUCGCACCAACAGCAGCAGGCUCUGCACCACCAUCACCAUCACCACCACCAGCAACAGCAGGAUUCCACCUCCAACAACAACAACAACAACUCCACCAGCAGUAAAUCGCAACAUUCCAGCAAUGCUCACCAUCACCAUUCGUCGUCAUCGCAGCAGCAACAGCCGCCGCCGAACCAGAACCGCCGAGUCAUGGUCACCAUGAUCGACGGCGGCCUUCCGGUAGUAGCCAAGAGCAAAGCCAUCCACGAUAAACCGAAAAGUGCCAAAGCGAGGGCCCAGGAAGCCAGCAGGGAUAAGGUAAAUAUACUAACUCCUAAACUGUAUUUCACUUUGACCUUACGUCUAGCCUUACGUAUUGUAUCGGUAAGGCCUGGGAUAUUCAGAUGACAGUACGGCCUAAUCCGGUCCCUGCCUUGCAUGGUUACGCCUUCAAAUCGUUGUCGAAUUGAGAUCAAAU